GUUGUGUUGCAGUGCACUGUCAUUUUUUGCGACUGGGCCCGAUCAAGUACAUGUGCGCGUGAUGUGUUACGUGCUUUUACGAACCAGUUGCAUAAAGGACAAAGGAGUCACAGGAAAGUUGACAGACUUGCCUCCGUCAAAUACAGUGUGAGACUGCAGCGUUUAUGAGCGUUUUGUAGGGCCCUGUAGACAUGGAUGGAAAAGAGCCACCUGAGCGGGCAGCCCUGCUGCCAAGGAUUGUCUCUGUAACCACACUGACAACCAGCGCUGAAACUUCAGGAGACGAAGCCAUCAUGGAUGGCAACGCUGGUUGCAAUGGUGCUGCCACAGCUCGAAGAGUCUGUGAUGGCACUGCAGGAGUUCCGGCAAAGCAGCCUGGCAGGAGUGUCGGCACGUGUCACGAGUGUAGUGCAUGUGGCCAGCGUUUUGCAAACAGGACAGUUGCGAAAAUUCACCUGGCUACACACAUCUGCGAGGAACCGUACGCCCGUACCGAAUCCAGCCAGAAGUUCAUCCAGAAGUCCAAUGUCAUUAGUCACCAGCGUAACCACACGGGCGAGAGGAGGCUUGUGUGCGAGCUGUGCCAAUCCAAAUUCAGCACGAAUCUAUCAUUGCAUAAGCAUAAGCAGCUGCACGCAUGCGGAGUGGACUUCUUUCACUGCCCCGAGUGCAGCAAGACCUUGAUGCAGAGGGACAGCCUCCUGCGGCACCUGAAGUUUCACAAGAUGGAGAAGCCAUACGCGUGCGACCUGUGCCCAGCCACCUUCGUAUACCACUGUGGCCGGAACAAGCAUGUGCUAACACACACGAUUGAGAAACCGCCCCGCUGUCCUCUGUGCCAGAAAUGCUUUGCCUCGAAGAAAAGCCUCAAAGUGCACAUGCGCCGGAUACACGGAGAAGUCAAGACUGCUGUAACGAGUGCUGCCGCUGGGGUGGAGAUGGUGUCGCCAAGCAGCCCUCCAGCCACGCUUCCCCCUUGCCCUGUAGACAUGGAUGGUGAAGAACCAGUUGAGCCAGCAGCCCCGCUUCCGAGGAUCACCUCUCUAACCACACUAACAAGCAGCACUGAAACUUCGAUGAACAUGGAUUCCACGGAUAGCGACCCAGGACACUCCUCCGGCUCCAAGCACAGUGCAAUGGGACUCCCAACUUCAAGUUCGCCACCAGAUGCCAGCGCUGCUCCUUCCCCUAGUGGAGAGCCGAGUCAACAUCUAACAGUGCGCCAGCGCCGCCAGGCGCUCGCAAUCAAGCUUUUGCAAACCUCCUCCUCGUCUCGUCGUCAUUUCGCGAUGGCUCAACGGCCGAAUAGCAGAGGAAGCAGGUACUGUUGUGUGGUGAACUGCCACAACAGUGAAAAAAAUACCAAGGGACUGCAGCCACUUGUUAAGUUCUACAGUUUCCCGGGUAAAUGGUAUGAAAAGGAGCGCAGGCAGGCAUGGAUAACUGCUGUCUGCAGAUUCAAUCCUGAUGGCACCCAAUGGAUACCAAACACGAACUCCAGAAUCUGCAGUAGGCACUUCGUAGGCAACAGCAGGAACGAGUCAAGUCGCCAUCCGUCCUAUGUUCCAACUAUUUUUCCAGCUGCCUACAACAGGAAAGCACUUGAUCAAGACAGGGGACAAAGAGUCCGCGAUGGCACUGUAGGAGCUCCGGCGAAGCAGCCUGGCAGGAGUCUCGGCACGUGUCACGAGUGUAGUGUGUGUGGCCAGCGUUUUGCGAGCAGGACAAUUGCAAAAAUUCACCUAUCUACACACACGCGCCUGGAAUCGUACACCUGUCCUGACUCCAGCCAGAAGCUUGUCCAGAAGUCCGAAGUCGAUAGGCACCAGCACGACCAGACAUUUGAGAUACGGUUUGCAUGCGAGCUGUGCGUAUCCACAUUUUGCACUAAUAAGUCACUAGACAGGCAUAAGCAGCUGCACGCACGCGGAGUGGACUUCUUUCAUUGCCCUGAGUGCGGCAAGACCAUGUUGCACAGGAAAAGCCUCCUGCGGCAUCUGAAGUGGCACAAGAUGGAGAAGCCGUACCAGUGCCACCUGUGCCCAGCUACUUUCAUAUACGACUAUAAGCGGGACGAGCAUGUGCUAACACACUCAAAUGAAAAAUUGCAUCGCUGUCAUCUGUGCCCGAAAUCCUUUGUCUGGAAGAGUAGCCUCAAUGUGCACAUGCACCGGAUACAUGGAGAAGCCAAGACCGCUGUAACGAGUGAUACCACCAGGGUGGAGACGGUGUCGCCAAGCAGCCCUCCAGCCACGCUUCCCCCUGUCGUAACAGCUGUCAACAUCAAGGUGGAGCCGAGCAGCCCUCCGUCCACACUGCCACCUGCAAGUGACGUGCGAUGUGCGGUUCCAUAAUUUUUCGUCUUAGCUAAAAUAAAGUGCAAUUGCGAGCUCCCGUUGCAGGGCCCUGUAGACAUGGAUGGAAAAGGACCGUUUGAGCCAGCAGUCCUGCUGCCAAGGAUCGUCUCUAGUAACUUCACUGACAAGCAGCACUGGAACUUCAGGAGACUCGGCCAUCAUGGAUAGGGACCCAGGAACCUGUGAAGGCACUACAGAAGCUCCGCUGAAAAAUCCCAGAAAGACUGCCGGCAGCUGCCACAAGUGUGACGUGUGCGGGCGGUGCUUUGCGAACAAGGAAUCUGCGAAAAAACAUCUGGUUGUGCACACGAACGAGAAGCCGUUUGCCUGCCCCAUCUCCAACCGGAAGUUUGCUCAGAAGUUUGAACUCCUUAAACACGACCGCAUCCACAUGGGUGAAAGGCCAUACGCCUGCCCUGUCUGCAGUCAGAAGUUCACUUUGAAGUGGAAUCUUUUACAGCACCGUCGCAUCCACUCGGGUGAGAAGCCAUACGCCUGCCUUGUCUGCGGGCCGAAGUUUACUCAGGAGAGAACCCUCAUCAGGCACCAGUGUGUCCACAUGGAUAAGAUGUCAUAUGCAUGCCAGGUGUUCCCAUCCAAAUUCUUCAAAAACUCGCCUCUGGACAGACACAAGCAGCUGCACACAAGUGGAGUAGACCUGUGCCACUGCCCCGAGUGCGGGAAAGCAUUCAAGCAGUUGCGGAACAUGCAGCAGCAACUGAGGUGGCACGGAAGGAAGAAGCCAUACUCGUGCCAUCUGUGCCCAGCCAUUUUCGUAUCCAACAAAGCUCUGGAGAGGCAUAGGCUGGGGCACACAGCUGGAGAGCCGCACAUCUGUUCUGUGUGCCAGCAAAUGUUUACCUCAAAGAGUAACCUUGCAACACACACUUGCCGGUUGCAUGACGGAGAGAAGACCACUGCUUCAAGUUCUGACAGCAAGUUGGGGAUUAUAAUGCCAAGUAGCCCUUUGACCCUGCUGGCCUUCUAUAAGUGAAGCACAUUGAGGAAUCGUACAAUUUUUUAUUGCUGCUACUGAAAGCCAAACGAAAUUGGAAUUGUUACUUUUUGUUUCAGUGUAGAACUGUUCAAGGCAUAUUCACACAAGAUAACUUGAAGUUUGAAAAAUCCGGUACGAAGGUUACGUCACGUGAGUUCCCCACACCCCCGUGAUUCAGGCUGAUGCAGAGUGACUGCUAAAUAAUCUGCGCAAGAAAUCUGCCAAUGUUGCUGUUGUGGGAUGACAGGAGAUGGUUUCAUUAGAGGCAGCACCAUAUUAUAGCACCAUAAGUAGCGGUAUAAGCGUUAUAGUGCCAUGGCAUUGUGCUGCUGAGCUCCAGGUCGUGGGUUCAAUGCCGGCUGUGGCGGCUGUAUUUGGAUGCGUGUGUAAUGAAAAAACACAUCUUUUUGGUGCUUGUUAGAAAACCUUAUGUGGUCAAAAUUAAUUUGGAGUUUCCCACUAUGGCGUGCCUCAUAAUCAGCAAGUUAUAAUGUUUAAAACUCCAGAAUUUGUUUUAAUUCUUGUUGCACAACCUAAAGUCAUUAGGAAGCAUGGUGUCGAGCUUGUGUUUUCUCUGUCAUGCAGGUUUUGCCACUCUGCAAACGCAUUGCCCACUCAGACGCCACACUCAGUUGGUAAAUGCCACGCUCAAUUCACGCAAAUUCCCAGCAAACCUUUGUAGUGUUAGAAAGAACUAAUACAAGGCAAUGAACACAAGGGUCACGCCAUUUAACGUGUAAUUACUUCGUUCAAAAGAAAAAUGCAUUGAGGUAUAUUUUUUGUGUGUGUGUGUGUGCUCGUUCUUGUUUUCCAAAUCCCCUUCACCAACAUUGCAAGGUUUUACAGCAUCCACGUUAGUUUGGACUAUGUAUAAUAUUAAUAUGUAUAAUAAAUAA